CAUUCUUUAUAUCUGGUGCAAGGAAGCCUGCUUUCACUUGUGCAACCUGCUACUAAGAAGUUUCACUUUUUUGCUAAUGCACAUCAAUUGAAAUCCAACAGGGAUACCAUCCUCUCUGCCCUCGGGCAAACUGGGACGCGCCUGAUGCACCAGCAACACAACAGCAUGUUUACAUGGAGCCUGGAGCUUAUCCUGGUGCACCACCAUAGUAUGGCCAGCAACCUUAUGGUACAGCAGCUUCCCUUGGCACUGGCUAUGACUACUAUAACCAACAGCAGCAAUCCCAACAAUAACAGUCUGCCACUGGAACUGUUGUGCCUGCUGGUGCUAGCAGGUACAGUUACAGCCAGCCUGCUACUCAUGCUUCACAAGGGUAUGGUACUGCACCGAGCUACGGUGGUCCAGGUGGAGCUGGUCAAGCAUCUUCAAGGCAGCAAGCUUCAACUCCAGCUACUGGAGGCUAACUGGGUUAUCCUAAUCAACCACCUAUACUAGUGCUGCUGCAUCAAGCUAAACGGCGCAAGGUUUUGCCCCUCAAUAUGGAUACGUUGCUCCACAGACACAGCCUGGCUAUGAUAUGCAGCCACCACCACUGGGCACGUAUGGCCAGGGUGCUUAUGGGUAGCCUCCGCAUGCUCAGAAGUCGCCUUCAUCUGCUCCGUAUGGACAGGCACCGCCUACUAAGGCUGGUUAGGGGCAGUAUGGAUACAGUCAGCCACGCUAUCGCUAGUAGCAGUCAUACUGUGAUUGUUAUGGUACUGGUAGCUAUGGGCAGCCUACAGCGUAUUCUACUGAAGUUAUAACACCUGCUGCAUCCCAGGAUCAAUCCACCGCCGGACCUGCGCCUACCACAACAACUGCCAUUCCUGCUCCUGCUAAUAGUGCCCCCCCAAACAAAAAAAACCUCUCUGAAUUAAGCUAUCUGCUCCUGCUUCAGCUGCAUUCUGGUUUCCUUGGUGCAGCCACUUGAAGUUUAAAUCGGCGCAUAAGUGAAGGUGUAUUUCUCCUUAAUGACUUCGACGUCGACCCCCUUCCCUGGUGCAUCACUGUUUAAUCAGGAAGACCCGUUCUGGCCCACAAUACUAUUUCUCUUUUUCUAAAAUCCAUGAAAUCAUUAUCUUUCAUAACCUUGAAAGAUUCAAGGACGCUCGAGGAAUGACGAGAACCAUUGAAGACUUUGUUGAGCAAGGCAAUCAACUUACUUUGAUCAUGUUGAACCCAUAUUUGCAUUACACCUAGAAUUAUUUUUCAUGCAUAAAGUCUUAUUUACUAGUAUUUCUAUGUUAAGUAAAUUAGCUAGGGUUUAUCUAUGCCCUAUGUGCUUGAUAUUGACUCCCCUUUCACAUUCUUAUGCUAAGUAAAUUAGCUAGGGUUUAGCAAUGCUUUAUGUGCUUGAUAUUGACACCCUCCUUCGACAUUCUUAAUAUCCCUCCUUUCUAAACAUGUAGUGGUGAGAGAUAAACUUGGGUCAUAUGUGCAAGUUUAAUAGUAAUGCUUAGUCAUGCUAGUCGCAUAAAUCAUAAGACUUGGGAAGAAUCUUUGUUACUCAUAAAAGUUAUACAGAAACCUAAGGGUGUCACUAAUGCCCAUGGGAUGAUUCUGAAAAUAUGGUUUUACAAAAUGAAGAUGUAGUGGAGAUUAAGUUAGGUGAUUGUGAUCUUGACGAGAUAUUCAAAGAUGUUCGGUGGAUUAUAAAAUUUAUGUCUAGUAAAUGAGCAUGGUGGUUACCAUAUUGGUGAAUACAUGGAUCUUUAAUAAACAUAAAGCAAUUUGGAUUUAGUUAGGCAAUUGUGAUCUUGAACCAAAUUUCAUGGUGAAUUACGAGAUUUUGAUACAUUUAUUUCGUUCAUUGUGAUCUUGAGGAGAUAGUCAAAGAUGUUUAGUGGACUAGUUAGUCUUGGUUAAUUUAGAUUUAGUUAGGUGAUUGUGAUAUUGAACCGUAUUUCGUGAUAGAUUAUGAGAUUUUUUUUUCUCGAAAAAACGCAAGAGAUUUUGCGUUUCGUUGCAUUGAAAAGAUAGAGUUUGGUUACAACCCUCCUAGGAGAGCAAGUUCAGGAAGGGACAUGAAUAUGAAUUUAAUGUACAUCCCAGGUGGUAGGCAAGAUGACUUUAAGGCCACGUGCACCAGCGCGUGCCCAUUCUUCGGCUUUGUCCUUGAUCUUAGACACCAGGACAUGGACGAGGGGAUUUAGUUACGUGAUUUAAUCUUGAGAAGAUAGUCUAAAAUGUUAGGUGGAUUAGGAGAUUUUAGAUAUGAUAUAUGACCAUGGUGAUUAUUAUAUUGAUGGAUAAAUAGAUCUUUAAUUUUGUUUGGAACAUUUUGUUUUUAGUUAGGUGAUUGUGAGCUUACAUCAAAUUUCAUGAUGGAUUAUAAGAUUUUGGUUGAAUUUAGUUAGGUGAUUGUGAUCUUGACGAGCUAGUAAAAGACAACACACAUAGCAACCCACCACCAGGCAACGGAUACACAUCCGGAUUUACCAGGAGCGGAGGUGGACACAAAAGUGGAUGUUGGGCUCCAUAGGAGUCUCAAGAGUGUGCUCAUCACAGCAUCAUGAGUAAGAAGAUCCUAGAUAUACUUCUCUUAGGAAAUAAAGAUGCCAUUAGAGAUAGAAGAAACCUCAGUCUCCAAGAAAGUAGUGACUUCUUUAGUAAACAUGGAACAAUUUGGAUUUAGUUAGGCGAUUGUGAUCUUGAACAAAUUGCAUGAUGGAUUACGAGAUUUUUCAAUGGAUUUAGGUGAUUGUGUUCUUUAGGAGAUAGUCAAAAAUGUUUGGUGGAUUAAUUGAUCUUGAACAAUAUGGAUUUAGUUAGGUGAGUGUGAUAUUAAACUAUUUUUUCGUGAUUUAUGGGAUUUUAGUUGGAUUUAGUUAGGUGAUUGUGUCUUGAGAUGAUAAUCAGAGAUGUUUCGUGGAUUCUGAGAUUUUAGAUCUAGUAGAUGAGCAUGGUGAUUAUUAUAUUGGUGGGUAAACAUAUGUUUAAUUUAGUUUUAAACAACUUGGAUUUAGUUAGGUGAUUGUGAUCUUUUAACCUAAUUUUACGGUGGGUGUUUUGGUUGGUUUUAGUUAGGUGUUUUUAAUUUCGACGAGUUAGUAAAAUAUGUUCGGUGGUUUAUGUAAAUUUAGGUCUAAUAGGUCUAAUAGGUGAGCAUGUUGAUUAUUAUAUUGGUAAAUAAAUAAAUAAAUGAAUCUUUAAGAAAUUAGAUUAGGCGAUUGUGGCCUUGAACCAAAUUUUAUUAUGGAUUAUGAGAUUUUUUAUGGAUUAGUUAGUUGAUGGCAAUUUGGAGGAGAUACUCUAAAGAUGUUUGGUGGAUUAAUUAAUCUUGGAAAAUUUGAAUUUACUUAGGUGUCCGUGAUACUAAACCCAAUUUCACGCUCGAUUAUGAGAUUUCAUGUGGAUUUAGUUAGAUGAUUGUGUCUUGAGAAUAUAGUCAAAGAUGUUUGCUUGACUAUGAGAUUUUAGGUAUAGAAGAUGAGAAUGGUGAUUUUAUAUCGUGGAUAAACAGAUAUUUAAUUUAGUUUAAAACAAUUUUGAUUUACUUAGGUGAUUGUGAUCUUUAACCAAAUUUCUCUUUGAUUUAUGAGAUUUUAGUUGCAUUUAGUUAGGUGAUUGUGUCCUAUGAAGAUAAUCGAAUAUGUUUGCUGGAUUAUGAGAUUUUAGGUCUAAUAAAUCAGCAUGAUGAUUAUUAUAUUGAUGGAUAAAAUGAUAUUUGAUUUGGUUUAGAACAAUUUGGAUUUAGUUGGGUGAUUGUGAUCUUUUAACCUAAUUUUACAAUGGAUUAUAAGGUUUUGGUUGGAUUUAGUUAGGUGAUUAUGAUUUUGACGAGCUAGUAAAAGAUGGCCGGUGGAUUAUAUGAAUCUAGGUUUAAUAGAUGAGCAUGUUGAUUAAUAUAUUGGUGGAUAGAGAUGAGAGCUACACAAGUGACUCAAGGCGAUGAUGCCACUACUGAAAAUAGCUCACAAACAAGGCAAGAGAGGUGGAGAGACUGGGGAUAAUGGCAGCAGAUGGACUUUAUCCAGCAUCCCACGUUCCCGUGCAUUCUUUGUUCCCCGUUUAUCCGGCUUGAUGUCCUUGUCCUGUUUGCGGUAUUGUGUCACGCACUUGAUUAAGCAUCCCACGUUCUCCGACUGUGCGUCCUUAGCCUUGACGAUAGGUAUCACGUGUUCUCAGGCGCAUCCCGUGUAUAAAAUCCAGGUAUGCGCCACUUGUCCUAGCUCUUGCUCGCCAUUGGUGGUGCUUGAGCGUGCGAUUACGAUGUCGACCAGCAAGGGAACACGGGAUGUGGGAUCAAGACAGCACACAUAGCAACUCGCCACCAAGCAAUGGAUACACAUCCGGAUUUACAAGGAGCGGAAGUGGACACAAAAGUGGAUGUUGAGCUCCAUAGGAGUCUCAACAGUGUGCUCAUCACAGCAGCAUGAGUAAGAAGAUCCAAGAUAUAAUUCUCUUAGGAGAUGCCAUUAGUGAUAGAAGAAACCUCAGUCUCCAAGAAAGCAGCGACUUGUUUAGUAAACAUGGAACAAUUUGGAUUUAGUUAGGCGAUUGUGAUCUUGAACAAAUUGCAUGAUGGAUUACGAGAUUUUUCAAUGGAUUUAGGUGAUUGUGAUCUUGAGGAAAUAGUCAAAAAUGUUUGGUGGAUUAAUUGAUCUUGAACGAUAUGGAUUUAGUUAGGUGAUUGUGAUAUUGAACUAUUUUUUGUGCGUUAUGAGAUUUUAGUUGGAUUUAGUUAGGUGAUUGUGUCUUGAGAUGAUAAUCAAAGGUGUUGGGUGGAUUAUGAGAUUUUAGGUCUAGUAGAUGACCAUGAUGAUUAUUACAUUGGUGGAUAAACAUAUAUUUAACUUUGUUUGAAACAAUCUGAAUUUAGUAAGGUGAUUGUGAUCUUUUAACCUAAUUUUACGGGUGGUGUUUUGGUUGGUUUUAGUUAGGUGUUUUUGAUUUCGAUGAGUUAGUAAAAUAUGUUCGGUGGAUUAUGUUAAUUUUGGUCUAAUAGGUGAGCAUGUUGAUUAUUAUAUUGGUAAAUAAAUCAAUCUUUAAUAAAUUUGAAACAAUUUGGAUUUAAUUAGGCGAUUGUGGCCUUGAACCAAAUUUUAUUGUGGAUUAUGAGAUUUUUUAUGGAUUAGUUAGUUGAUGGCGAUUUUGAGGAGAUAUUCUAAAGAUGUUUGGUGGAUUAAUUAAUCUUGGACAAUUUGAAUUUACUUAGGUGGUCGUGAUACUAAACCGAAUUUCACACUGGAUUAUGCGAUUUUACGUGGAUCUAGUUAGAUGAUUGUGUCUUGAGAAUAUAGUCAAAGAUGUUUGCUUGACUAUGAGAUUUUAGGUAUAGAAGAUGAGAAUGGUGAUUUUAUAUUGGUGGAUAAACAGAUCUUUAAUUUAGUUUGAAACAAUUUUGAUUUAGUAAGGUGGUUG